UCUGAACAGGGAACGAAGGUAAGUUCAGCGACGAUAUUAUCCAAACUAAUGGCUAUUUCAUUUAUCUUACCGGGUUUUAAUUUUCUAGAGGUAUUUUUUGUAGUUCUAAAAGACAUCAAAGUAAACCAGGUAUUUGUCAAAUUGAUUAAACAACCCCUAAAAGAUCGGCUGCUCACUAGAAAAUAUUGACCACGAUACUUUAGAAUCAUCAGAAAUGAUUAUUUUACAAAGAUAAAAAAAUUUUGAAUCGAGCAAUUUUUUUAUUCAUAAUCCAAGUAUGUUUAGUCCAAAUUUCAGAAAAAAGGUAUGAAAGUUAAAAAUGAUACAGGCCAGAAAAGAUACAAAAAAGUGUACCGAGUAUUGAUUUUUAGUGUACAGGGUAUUGCACAUUAGCUCAACUUUAGUGUACAGAGUAUUGCAAAACAGAAUGUUUAAAUUAGAAUGAAAAAUAGAUAUUUUUGUCUAUUUUUAACGUCUAUUUAUCGAUUUUGCCAUUUUGUUCUCCUGACAAUGUACUGUUAAUGAUAUUUAUUAAAAUAUUUCAGAUUCAACAAUGCAGUUCCAUUGUUAUUACUGUUCCCUUUCUACGAACAAGUACAGCGAAGUAAUUUGCCACUUAAUUGAAAACCACAACAUGGAUGAAAUAAAGUUUAAGCGGGUAAAUGAAGAUGGGUUUAAAGUGUGUGCGUAUAAAAUAACGCCUGAUCUUUGUCGAGAACAAGGUAGGACAAUCAACAUUGAUGAUAAACAUCUUUCAAUUCAUGUCUCAAGAAGAGGUGUAAUUCCUAAGGAAAGUCCAAUGAAAAAAGUGAUAAGACAAGAUUCGACAGUUGAUAAUCGCUAUUUUGAGCUGCUUGAAAAUAAAAAUAUUGAUGAAUGUAUUGACGAAGAUUCCGAUUACGAGGAACUUGUUAGCAUCUUACCAGACGUAAUUCAAAAUUUAAAGGAAUGCGAUAGAUAUGAAGAUUUCAUGAGCUUCAACCGGUUGAUUAGUGAGAGAAAGUUUCCAUUGAGCAAUAUAGCAUUUUUAUUAUUUUUAGACGUUGUUAGGUGGUUUACAUUAGACAAUACAACUUCAAAAAUGCGAUACAGUAACGAAUGUAAAAUGUUCUGGAGAACAGGCUAUAAAUUGUUUCAUGGACGUUUCCUGCGAUUUAUGGGUGGACCAAAAAAUCUUGGUCAAGUGCUUCAAUCAGACAGUUCUUCUGGUAAUCUUCAAUCAAAAGAUUCAAAAGUUAAUUUCAUUGUUCCGCAUCGAAAACUUCUUCAGGAAGAUAUCAAAAUGGUCUCUACUGACACUCCUGGAAUCAUAACAGACAUGAUCGAUGAUAUAUCUAAAAGCGACCCAGAACAGUUAUUAACAUAUAAGAUUUGUGUCGAUGGAAAAAAGAUCAAUCCAUGUUCAGUAGGUGAGGUAGAUUUAUGGGGACUUGAAGAUUCACCAACAUUGCAAGAGAAGAGGGAGCGGACAGAAAGCGAAAUUAAUAUAUAUAAUGCAUAUGUAAGGCAAAUAGAAAGACAGAUAGAAACAGGUAAUUUAUAUGUAAGUGAGGCCACCUGCAAUGUUAGCGAGAGCUGCUUGAGAUCUGUACAGAUACUUAGUAAUAGAAUCAAAGACUUGAGGCGGUUAAAAGUGAAUAAAAAUAUCGCUCUGUCAAAAUUACAGGACCAAAUUGAAGGUGAUUGGAGAUCAAGUAAGUUUGCAAUAGUUAUAAGUAGUCUGCGAACAAGUGUGUACCAGAUUGAAAAUUGCAUCGAGGACAUGUUAAACAUAAAUGACAAGCUUUGCAAAUAUGCAGCUGCAGCAGCUUUAAUUAAAGAAAAUACAUACAAAUCGGAAAAAAAUGUCGAACUUGCAAAACAAGCGAAUUAUGUUUGCCUAGGUGGUGGAAGUGAUCAAACCAUCGAUACCCCACUUAUUAAGCAACGAUCUGAGGCAUGGCAUAAACUCCGUAAAUCGUGUCUAGUCACUGGAAGUACCAUAAAUAAAGCGAUAGGUUUAGAUGGUCUGAAGCAACAAAGGUUACACAUCGAUGCUAAGUCUGGAAGGAAGGAAGCAGAGCCAGUGUCUGAAGAUUUACAAAGGAAAUUCGACUACGGGUCUAAGAAUGAAUUAAAUGCUGUUGCUACGAUGGUGUCAACUUUUCUACCGGCAUUCGAACCGGGUGCUUUGUUUCAUGAAGAAGGGUGUUACAUACUUGAAUACAAUGGAAAGCCAUGCCUUGUGAUAAGUCCUGAUGGUAGUAUAAGGAGUGAGUCAAGAAUAAUUGCAGGAGUGGAAAUCAAAUGUCCAAUUCCUGGGAAACUAUACACCACUCAAAUUCAGUACGAUUUACCACAUUACUAUGUACCACAGGUACUCAGUGAAAUGAGCUGUCUAAACGUAGAACAGCUAUAUUUUGUAUCAUACAGUCAUGAAUCCACUGCUGUUCACAUCGUUGAUUUCGACAGGACACUUUGGAAUAACAUUUUUGCCGAAGUUAAUAGUCUUGACGCUAAAAAUACCCCUAAGAAUUUAAGUAAGAACCUGCCAAUGUUGAAAGAAAACAUUGAAAAUUUCCGCAAAUCAAACGUCAGAUUAAUUGCUGAGGUGAAAUCUAAAACUGCAAUACCAUGUGUUCAUCCAGAUGAGCUUAUAGGAAUGAUAUAUCACAGGACUGACAGCUAUAUUGAUGAAGUCUUGAUGAUGUCAGAAGUUCAGAAAGCUUUAAUUCGCGGAAAGGAUGCAGUUAAAGCAAGCGAUGAGCUGUGUUCUAGAAAAGCAAGUGAGGUACUUGUGUUCGUGCUAGCGGAUCUCGAUAGAAUUCAUAAGCCUGAAAUACCAAGUUCGUUUCCAAUUGCGUAUGCAUUCAAAGGGUAUAGCAUGAAAGCCACAAUCAUGAGAAGCAUGAUCGAAAAAGUUUUAUACGAGUUAUACAUUAGAGGACUAUACACACCAGUUGUGUCGUAUGAUGGACAAUGGGCUGUUCUUGCAAACAGAUCGAAGGAUGGUACACCUUUAACCCUCAUAGAACUUCAAAAGCAUGUGUAUAAUCAGGUAAAAGGAAGACGAAAAUCUGAAAUGAUUAAAUCAAUUUUUGCAACGGCAGUUGUGAAAUCAGAUGAAGUUGGUGAUUUGGAAAAUAAGAUAAACUUCAGCUAUGAUAAUGAAAGAAACGCGGUACAAGUGUACUUGAAGCAUAACGUAAAGAUUUUCCAACCAUCAGUGCAAAUAAAACACUUGCAAGAAAAUGGCACCAAAAAGAAAGACAGGAAAGGAAAAGAUACAAACAAAGAAGCCCAGGAAAAUAUUGAACCCGAAAUAUUGUCAAUGGUCCCAAGUAAAGCUUUAGAGACUUUAGAAGAGGAAGACAUGGAAUUGUUGCAAGAAGUAAACGGAACUAGUAAUUUAAAUCAGACAAACCCAACACACCGGUUCAAUCGGAAUACUUUAAAUUUGGCAGAAACAUUCAUAAGUGAAUUGAAUGAAAGCGACGAAAUGUCACAGCUGAGUACGAGUGAUGAUAUAUCUGAUAGGAUAGAGCAAAUGGAAAUAGAUGACAAAACUGAAGAAUUUCUCAAUACAAUCUUAGAUAAAAAUGACAUAGCAACAAUGUUGAACAGUCUUCGAAUAAAUGAAAAGUCGAAAGCAAAAUGGAAAACUAUAACUGUAGAAGACUUUGAAAGCAUUCUUGAAAACAGUGACAAAACAAAGGAAGAAAUGACAAAGAAUGAAAUGAUUAUUUGUCUCAAUUCAGUUGAAAAUAGUUUGUUAAAAGUAAAUUUGCGUUUUUGCAAAUCUUGGAAUAAGACUAAAUUAAGUGACUUUAUUCAAACAGUAUUAUGCCAAAGUUCUGUUGAUCAGUCAAGAACCACAAAGAAAAAGCGGCAUCGCAAUCCUCAGAAGCUUUCAAUACUGUGCAAACGAGUAAUAAACCAAAUGCCGAAGUCAAUUUUGAACGCAGUCGUUGCCGAACAUGAAAUGUUAGAUGAGAUUAAACAAUGGCGCUCAAAUGGUCCUUUUACCACGGCUACUGAAGUUGGUACGAAUAAAGUGUCGUGGUUUUCUCUACCAGAGUAUAAUUCUGAAACAUUAUCUUACAUUUUUUCUUUUCUGGAUGUACAUCAUCUUAUUACAAACUGUCGAAUAAAGAUUUGCAAAGAUGGAUUGCCCGAAAGAGGUAUCAAUAAACAGGCUUGGAUCGACGUUGCAAAGUCAAACACUACAAAACUGAAAAUUCCACACGUUGAGGACUUGGUAGACAAACAAAGUGACGCUAUAGCGCGUGCAACAUUCUCAGAAGAAGUGCAAAAUGCUAUGAGCAGCCAUUAUCAAAAAGAAGCAUACUUUUGUAAAUUAGUUCGGGAAUUUUAUCAGGCGGAAGAUGACCCUGGGCUCAGUGUUAAUGAGAGGUUCCGACGACGGCUGGAAUUUAGAAGAUGGCUCCUUGAGGAUGUCAAUUUUUGUAAAUUUCCGCCUUAUGGAUCUCACGUGCGAGGUAUACCAAUGGUAAUGUUUCAGGGGUUUCUGACGAACAUUGAACGACGCAUUCAGUUAUUUCCAUACGUUAAAUCGGGGCGAUACAACGUAAGGGCCCUGGGAAGUCUAGAAGCAGAAAACCUUUUCGGUCAAUUUCAGGACUUAGAUCCAAAAGGCAGUGGCGUCAUGAAAUCAGAAGAUAUACCUACAGCAUUAGAACAUGCUUGUCAGUUGCUUAAAGUAAGACUUUUACCUGAUCGACCAUUCCACAUGACACUCUCUCGAGCCAAGGUAUAUCCUUUGAAUGAAUUAUUACAUGAAAGUGGUGUGGAUGACAGAGGGCACGAGGUGUACGUUUACCCAAGUCUAGUAGAUCGAAUAUGUAUGAGGGACCAUUCCUUCGAUGUUAUUUCAAGGAGCAAACGUAAAGCGAGGCGACGACUGGUAGAGAUAAAAGGACCAAACGAAGCUGCCAGAGGAGUGUCCGGAGUUCGUCAGCACCAUAAAUGCGACGAGAGCAAGAUCUUGCCACAUAAACGUUUGGGAAUUGAUAUGGAUAUUUAAAGUUGGAAAUAAUAUUAAUAUGCGACAUUUGUUACCAACAAUAAUAAAUGCCCUGCUAUAAUGCAUUUUGUGAAAUAUAUGUAAUAUGGGUAUUGACACGGUAUAUACACAGUAUGUGGUGUACAACGUUCUUCAUUUCAUGCGCCGUCACCUGAAAUGCAUGUUCUUAAAGUGUCUGAACUACUGGAAGAUAACUAAAACAUUUUGCCCGUCUUAUUGAAUGUUGAAAAUCACAUAUUUCUUCUAUAGUAUGUAUGCCAGAUUGUCUAAAUAAAUUA